AUGGUGGUGAUGAAGUGUCUAAAAGAUUUGAUUAGGGAGACUACUCCACUAAUGGGAAGCAUUGAUGUUAAUGGGUUUCAAGUUGUUCCUUCACAGGUGAAAUUUGUGAAGCAUAUCUUUGAUAAACAUCCAGACUUUGCGUUGGAGUUUCGUCCAAAGAACUCAAUAUUGAAGACAGUGUACACGAAUGUCCUACCCGGUUUGACGGAGACUUUGCGCAGGUUGCCUCGAGAAAUCUCAAAGGAUGAUCUCUCUGGUGCAUAUGAUUCACUCAGAUCCAUGAAAGAUGCUGGCUUUAGGUUGGAUUGGUUGGAGAAAAGACUGAUUGAGGUUAUUACACUACAAGAAAACAGCUUACAACUAACGAGCACAACCGUCAGUAAGCCGUCGGAGAAGCCCAUUCCGUCUGUUCUAGAUUGUCGAACAAAUAAAUCUGUCAGAAAUUCGUCGGUAAUUACCGACGGAUUUCCGACAAGCAAUUACUGA